UCCGCCGACGCUGUCGCCAGAACCCCACCGCUGCCGCCACAACCGCCAUGGGCAACGUGCCCGCCAAGGACACAGAGCAGAAGGUCGUGAAAGAGUUCCUAGCCGGAGCCAAAGAAGAUUUCCUCCGUAGAUGGGAACGCCCGGUUCAGAACACCGCCCGCUUGGAUCAGUUUAAACUGCUCAAGACGCUGGGCAUCGGCUCCUUCGGGCGGGUGGUCCUGGUGAGUCACCGGGAGAGCGGCAGCCACUAUGCCAUGAAGAUCCUCAACAAGGAGAAGGUGGUGAGACUGAAACAGGUCCAGCAUGUCCUGAACGAGAAGCGCAUCCUGCAGGCGAUCGACUUUCCGUUCCUCGUCAAGCUCCAUUUCUCCUUCAGGGACAACUCCAACCUGUACCUGGUGAUGGAGUACGUGCCGGGUGGGGACAUGUUCUCCCACCUACAGCGCGUCGGAAGGUUCACAGAGCCCCAUGCCUGUUUCUAUGCCGCCCAGAUCGUCCUGGCCUUCCAGUACUUGCACUCGCUCGACCUCAUCCACCGCGACCUGAAGCCCGAGAACAUCGUCAUCGACCAGCAGGGCUACCUGGGGGUGACCGACUUCGGUUUCGCCAAGCGCGUGAGGGGCCGCACUUGGACCCUGUGCGGGACCCCCGAGUACCUGGCCCCCGAGAUCAUCCUGAACAAAGGCUACAGCAAGGCCGUGGACUGGUGGACCCUGGGGGUGCUCAUCUAUGAGAUGGCCGUGGGCUUCCCGCCCUUCUACGUCGACCAGCGGAAUUCCGUCGUCCAAAACAUCCUCUCUGGGAAGAUGCGGUUCCCCUCCCACGUCAGCUCUGACCUCAAGGACCUGCUGCGGAACCUGCUGCAGGUGGACCUCUCCAAGCGCUUCAGGAACCUCCGGAACGGGGUCGGCGACAUUAAGAACCACAAGUGGUUCGCCACAACCAAUUGGAUCGCCAUCUAUGAGAAACAGGUGGAAGCUCCCUUCAUCCCGAAGUUCGAAGGCCCUGGGGAUGCCAGUAACUUUGACAACUACGAGGAGGAAGAGAUCCGGAUCUCCAUCAACGAGAAGUAUGCCAACGAGUUUUCUCAGUUUUAGGGGUGUGCUUGUGCCCCUGUGGGUUUUCUUUUCUUUCUUAUUUUUUUGGACCCUCUCAGAGCUCAUCCUAUGUCUCUCUUCCUAUGGCUGGUUCAGAUUUGUAUGCUUUGUAAUAAAACUGUAAUCACAAA